AUGGGAGGAGGACAAAGGCGCAGAUGGGAGUACUGGUGGGUUGCUGUGCGUUUCUCUCUUCUGCUGUGCUUCGGAGAGCAGGUUUCAGCACAGAUAAGGUACUCUAUUCAAGAGGAGGUGAAAGAGGGAUCCGUUGUUGGAAAUGUUGCUAAAGAUUUGGGUCUUGACGUCAGUACUUUGGUAGAGAGGCGGUUUCGUAUUGUUUCUGGAUCUAAGGACGCUCUUUUCCAGGUAAAUCAGAACAAUGGCGUCUUGUAUGUGCAUAAGAAUAUCGACAGAGAGGAGGUCUGUGAUGGUGAUAGCGCCUGCUUGAUUGACCUGAAAAUGGUUGUUGAAAACCCUCUAGAAAUCCAUUACGUUGGUGUAGAAAUUACAGAUGUGAAUGAUAAUUCUCCCAGUUUCCCAGAGAUAGCAAAAGGGCUGGACAUUUCGGAGAGUACACACGCUGGAUCGCAUUUCCAACUACCAGCUGCGCGUGAUCUUGACUCUGGGAUUAAUUCCAUUCGCUUGUACAAAUUAAGUCAAAACGCUAAUUUUGAAUUGGAAGUUAGAGAUAGAGGAGAUGAAAAGGUACCCUUUUUAGUUCUACAGAAAACGCUGGAUAGAGAGCAGAAAUGUGAGCACAGAUUAUUACUGACAGCAAUCGAUGGAGGGAAUCCGCCGAGAUCAACCAAUCUUAAUUUGACGGUCACAGUGCUAGACAUAAACGACAACCGACCUGUAUUUAGUCAGGAGGUGUACACUGUAACGCUGGAAGAAAAUGUAUCUAUCAACACCGUUGUGAUACAAGUAAAAGCGAUUGACUUGGACGAGGCUGUCAAUGGUGACGUUGAAUAUAGUCUCGGCAGAGAUCUGAAUCGUAAAGUUUACGAGGUGUUUCAUUUAGACGGUGUCACUGGAGAAAUUCGAGUCAAAGGAGAGGUCGACUUUGAAUCGACAGAAGUUUAUAGACUUGACGUGCAGGCUUCGGAUAAAGGACAGCCUCCCAUGACUGUGAGCUGUAGAGUUAUCAUUAAGAUAACAGAUGUAAAUGACAACCAACCAGAUAUAGAGGUGACAUCCCUCUCUAAUUUAGUUCGGGAAGAUGCAAAACCUGGAACUGUUGUUUAUCUUAUUAGUGUUACAGAUAAGGACUCGGGUAUAAAUGGAAAGGUGUUGUGUAGUCUGUCAGAUACUGUACCGUUUGAGUUAAAACCCUCAUACCAAGAUAAUAUGUAUUCUUUAGUGACCAAACAGCGUUUAGACAGAGAACUCGUGUCCCAUUAUGACAUCACAAUAACUGCCACUGACUGUGGUCAGCCUCCUCUGUCCACAUUCAAAACUCUGAGUGUACAGAUAUCAGAUGUAAAUGAUAACAGCCCAGAAUUCUCCCAAACCCCUCUUCAGCUGUACUUAGUGGAAAAUAACGCCCCUGGUGCAUCGAUAUUCUCUGUAAGCGCUUCUGAUAAAGACUUGAAUGAAAAUGCUGUGAUUUCAUAUCACAUUGUUAGAGGUGAAGGAACACAGAAUGACAUGGCAUCUUUCCUCAACAUCAAUUCUGACAAUGGACAUAUUUCCGCGCUAAAAAGCUUUGAUUUUGAAUCCCUCAAAACGUUCCAAUUCCAAGUUGUAGCUACAGACUCUGGAACUCCGUCACUAAGCAGCAACGUCAUAGUCAACGUGUUCAUUCUGGAUCAGAACGACAACCCUCCAGUGAUCUUGUAUCCAGUCAGCCCUAACGGUUCUGCUGAAGGUGUGGAGGAGAUUCCCCGUAAUGUGAACGCAGGCCAUUUGGUGACUAAAGUGAGAGCCUAUGACGCUGAUAUAGGAUAUAACGGCUGGUUAUUAUUUUCAUUGCAGGAAGUUACUGACCACAGUCUCUUUGCUUUGGACCGCUACACAGGACAGAUACGGACACUUCGGUCAUUCACAGAGACAGACGAGGCUGAGCAUAAACUGGUCAUACUGGUAAAAGACAAUGGGAACAUUUCACUCUCAGCAACAGCUACUGUGAUUAUCAUAGUUGUGGAGCCCAAAGAGGCUUUUGCAGCUUCUGAUGUUAAAAGUUCAGUAAAAGACGAAGAGGAGAACAGCGUUACAUUUUAUUUGAUCAUUACUUUGGGGUCAGUUUCAACGCUUUUUCUCAUCAGUAUCGUCGUGUUGAUUGUAAUGCAGUGCUCCAACCCCACAGACUAUUCCUCCAAGUAUUUACAAGAUGUGAAUAACGACGGGACACUGUGCCACAGCAUUCAGUACAGAUCCGGAGACAAUCGGUACAUGUUAGUUGGACCCAGAAUGAGUAUAGGUUCUACAAUAGUCCCGGGCAGCAAUGGGAAUACUCUAGUGCUACCUGACCACAGGAGGACAGCUUCUGGAGAGGUAAGAGCUGUUUCUAAGAAUUUCAACAUUUGA